AUGCAAACGUCUCAGAAGCAUCACAGUGCAGCUGGACUGCACAUGCUGUAUCCUCAAGUCUACUCUUCACCUCAGUUUCAGGUGAUAGACAACAGUGGCUUCUCUGAUGCCCCAUCCAAAGAGCACUUCUUCACUCUCGAUACCUCCACUGCUUCUGGUAGUCUUCCUUCCUAUGACUCCCCUUCUGUGAGCAUCACAUCUGGCCGGAGCCCCUUUUCUCCUCAGGGCUCUCAGUCAUGCAUCUCUGAUCUCCAUCCUUCCCCUGACAACGUCUGUGGAUCUCCCUUGAGCGGGGCGUCUUCUUAUGUCUAUGACGAAGCAGGGGUCAAGAGUAAGAUUCGGGAACUUGAGGUCUCGCUGCUGAGUGGUGAUUCUAAAGUUGAAGAGUUCUCAGGUUUCAGCCCCGCUGUUGGGAAGUCGUGGAACUGGGAUGAACUCUUGGCAUUGACUCCACAGCUGGACUUGAAAGAAGUGCUGCUGGAGGGGGCUCGGGCGGUCGCUGACGGAGAUUUCGCUACAGCAUAUGGAUUCCUCGAUGUCUUGGAACAGAUGGUGUCGGUCUCAGGCAGUCCGAUCCAACGGCUAGGUACUUACAUGGCAGAAGGGCUUAGAGCGAGGCUUGAGGGGUCUGGGAGCAAUAUAUACAGAGCCUUGAAAUGCAAUGAACCAACGGGAAGGGAACUCAUGUCUUACAUGGGCGUUCUCUACGAAAUCUGCCCCUACUGGAAAUUCGCAUACACAGCUGCGAAUGCUGCGAUCUUGGAAGCAAUGGCUGGGGAAACCAGAAUCCAUAUUAUCGACUUUCAGAUUGCACAGGGAUCACAAUACAUGUUUCUCAUCCAGGAGCUUGGGAAACGCCCUGGUGGGCCGCCGUUGCUGCGUGUGACGGGUGUGGAUGAUUCACAGUCUAAUUUUGCCCGUGGGGGAGGGCUUAGCUUGGUAGGGGAGAAGCUCUCAAAGUUUGCGCAGUCAUGUGGUGUCCCCUUUGAGUUUCAUGAUGCAGUCAUGUCCGGGUGCAAGGUUAAGCGGGAACACUUGGGGGUGGAACCUGGCUUUGCUGUUACUGUGAAUUUCCCGUACAUGUUACACCACAUGCCUGACGAGAGCGUAAGUGUUGAGAAUCACAGGGACAGGCUGCUGCAUCUGAUAAAGAGCCUCUCCCCGAAAUUGGUGACGCUAGUGGAGCAAGAAUCCAACACAAACACAUCGCCUUUCCUGUCACGGUUUGUGGAGACACUGGAUUACUACACAGCAAUGUUUGAGUCGAUAGAUGCAGCGAGGCCACGGGAUGAUAAGCAGAGGAUCAGUGCGGAGCAACACUGUGUGGCGAGAGACAUAGUGAACAUGAUAGCAUGCGAGGAGUCAGAGAGAGUGGAGAGACACGAGGUGCUGGGGAAGUGGAGGGUGAGAAUGAUGAUGGCUGGGUUCAUGGGAUGGCCGGUCAGCACAUCGGCAGCGUUUGCAGUGAGUGAGAUGCUGAAAGGUUACGAUAAAAACUACAAACUGGGAGGGAGCGAAGGCGCGCUAUAUCUUUUCUGGAAGAGGAGAGCCAUGGCUACAUGUUCCGCCUGGAAGCCAAACCCAACAAACCAGAUUGGGUAG